UUUAUUCAGAACCUGCUUCACCGUUUGCUUUCUUUCUUUCGUCUUCCUCCCAUCGCUUCCCUUUCCCCUCUUAUUUUACCAAAUUGCCCCUCAAAACCUACCCCAUAUCAUCAUCUUCUUCUUCCGCCAGAUCCAUUUCAGUCACAGCCUCCAUUUUAGGGUUUUUCUGUUCCGACUCAGCCCCUGCAACUCUUGUCGUUUCUGCCGAUCCGAUUGCCCCAAUUGUUCUCGAUUAACCCUAAUUUUGACAAACCCUAGAGGCGCCGAUCCGCUAAAUACCGUCGCCCAGUUGUUCUUGAUUUGUUCCAAUCCCGUUGACUCUGUUUCAGAGUUUAAGACGCUCUGCGCGCAGAGGGGGACCGGAUUCAGGGUAGAGCAAGUUUCUGAUUCGCCGUUCACGUGAUGUUGAGUACUGGAUUGCCGUUCACGCGCGGCCGAGGAGAGGAUCGAUUUUACAACCCGGCGAGAGCUCGUAGGGCCCACCAGAACCAGAAGGCGGAGCAACUUUGCAGAGCUCAGAGCGACGUCACGCCCAGCCCAUCUCCUUCCUUGAAGGGUAACCCCAACCGGGAGCCGGAGAACCGGACCGGGUCUGAUGAGCCGCCCAAGCCCAUCGCCGUGCCUGCUUUUGAGCCCGUCGUGAAGCCCGUCGUGAAGCCCUUGAGUAAUCUCCAGCGGUUCUUGCGGUCGAUCUCUCCGUCCGUCCCGGCCCAGUGCCUUUCCAAGAGGACGAUGAGAGGAUUGAGUACAUGCGACGUGGAAUAUCAGCCAUACUUUGUUCUUGGGGAUUUAUGGGAGUCCUUCAAGGAGUGGAGUGCUUAUGGUGCAGGAGUGCCUCUGAUUUUGAAUGACAGUGACUCUGUAGUUCAGUACUACGUCCCUUACUUGUCCGGCAUUCAAAUAUACGGCCACUCUGCGAAAUUGGCAACGAAGACAAGGCGACCAGAUGAGGACAGUGAUAGUGAUUUCAGGGAUUCUAGCAGUGACGGUAGCUGUGAUUACGAAACUGAUAGACUAAAAUAUCUGAGGGAGCAGCGGAAUCACCAGAUUCUGUCUUGUGAAAUUCCUCGUACGAUAGAAAGAUUAUCUUUGAGAGACCCACAUUUACCACCCCACGAAGACUGCUCCAGUGAUGAGGGCGAAUCUAUAAAUUCUCAAGGUUGCUUACUGUUUGAGUAUUUUGAACGGGACCUUCCUUAUUGCCGUGAGCCUUUAGCUGACAAGAUACUAGAUCUUGCGAUCCAUUUUCCUGAGCUAAAGAUAUUAAGAAGCUGUGAUAUACUGCCAACCAGCUGGAUAUCUGUUGCAUGGUAUCCAAUAUAUAGGAUUCCAACAGGACCAACUUUAAAGGAUCUUGAUGCGUGCUUUCUAACGUACCAUUCACUUUGUACACCUAUGAGAGGUGUACAAGAUGACCGUGCUCCUGUAUUGACAUAUCCAAGUGACAUGGACGGUGCCCCUAAGAUGUCGUUACCUGCUUUUGGCCUUGCAUCAUACAAAUUCAGAGGUUCCUUGUGGACGCCGAGUGGUGGAUCUGAACGCCAGUUAGCCAGCUCUCUUUUGCAGGCCGCUGACGACUUUCUAAGAAGGCAUCAGGUCAAUCACCCAGAUUUUCUGUUUUUUAGCCGCAGAUGAUAUCAAGAUGAUGCUAACUAUGAUGCUACUACCACCGUUAUAGAAGUGAAGCCUGUUUGCACGGGUUACUUGUGAAAAGUCUUUAUUUUGUUGAACUCUUGGUGGCAAGUUGGUGUGCGGUGAUUCUGUCGUUUGGUUUUCUGUUAUUUACUACCGGAGAAAGAAAAGAAAAGGAAAACGAAAAAAGAAAGAAAAGGAUGAAGGGUAACCCACAGAAGAAAAGUGAGCUUUUGGCAUGAGAUGAGAGAGGCUCAGUAAACAGUGAAUAGAAGGAAAAUAUAGUUAGAUAAUCUACAGAAGGUCUAGCUCUAAAUGAAAGUUACUGCUUUUGAUGUUUGCUCGUUUCCGCUGUAUUUUGUUGGUAGUAACAAGAGUACGUUAAAUAUAAGAGAGAAAAACCAGGCUCUUUUUUAUGCCAUGAUAUGAUAUGUUAAUUAUUAGUAUGUAAUCCUUCCUAUCUACAAGGGGAUUUUGAUGUAGACAUAAUUGCAAGUGUUAGUUUUUGACUUCUCCCUAUCUCUA